CCACCGGACAUAAAACUUUAGAGCUCUGCCGUAAAGACCAAACAAAAAAAAAAUAUAUAUAUAUAUAAAAACAAUGGUUGAGUGUAGCAAUAACCUUGUCGGAAUCCUUAACUUCUUCACCUUCCUCCUCUCAGUCCCCAUCCUCUCCGCCGGAAUCUGGCUCGGCAAAAAUGCAGCCACCGAGUGUGAGCGGUUCCUCGACAAACCAAUCGUCGCUCUCGGAAUCUUCCUCAUGUUUGUCUCCAUCGCUGGUCUAGUCGGCGCUUGCUGCCGUGUCUCUUGCCUCCUAUGGCUUUACCUUUUCGCUAUGUUCCUUCUCAUACUCCUCGGGUUCUGUUUUACCAUCUUCGCCUUUGUCGUCACCAACCGCGGCGCCGGUGAGGUUUUGUCGGAUAGAGGGUAUAAGGAGUACCGUGUAGGUGAUUACUCUAACUGGCUCCAGAAGCGAGUUAGCAAUGCUAAGAAUUGGGACCGGAUCAUGAGCUGCUUGGUUUACUCCAACGUGUGUUCUACUUUCAGUAGUCGCUACGCCAGUGUCACCGUCAAUGAGUUUUACAAGACUAAUCUCAAUGCCCUUCAGUCUGGUUGCUGUAAGCCGUCCAAUGAUUGUAACUUCACCUAUGUGAGGCCGACUAAUUGGACAAAGACUACUGGUCCAUACACAAACGAGGACUGUAACGUUUGGGACAAUAAACCGGGGACUCUAUGCUACAACUGCCAAGCCUGCAAGGCCGGUUUGCUCGACAACCUCAGAAAUUCCUGGAAAAAAGUGGCUGAGGUGAACAUUGUCUUCCUUGUAUUCCUCAUUAUUGUCUACUCUGUUGGUUGUUGCGCCUUCCGGAACAAUAGGAAACGCAGAUGGCGUUAGAUCCUUAUGUGCUGUGAUAAAAAAGAAGCCCUCCAAACCAAGACCAAGAACAAAGAAGAUAUCUAAAAUAUGCAACAUAUUACUAAAUGAGUUACAACGGGACUUGCUUUGUGCUACUAUUUCUAGUUCUUUUGUGUGUGUGUAGUAGUAGCUUCUUCAUCUGUUAAUUAGUCGAAUUUUUCUUAUGUCUGUCCACCGAAAGUAUGUUUUCUUUCUAUUAUUUGAUGAAAUGAUAUAUCUUUGAACCAA